UUAGAUCAUUGUACGUACAUAUUUACAAACAAAUAAUUAUCAAACGUAAGGUAUACUCACAUCUAAUAAUUAGUGAAGUUCAUUAAAGUAUAUUCAGUUUGAAAUAGUUCGUCCGCACGGAUUAAAAUAUUGAAAUAAACUUAAUCGCGGUCGAGAUAUUUUUUUAAAGUUAUUAAAUAAUGGAUUUUGAUAGCGCUUAUAUAGAUCCUUUAAUAGACGAUUGGUUAGAACAACUUCAUGAAGCUAUAAAAGAACAAGAAGAUAUGGUUAGAGCCGAUGAUGAAUUUUAUAUGCCAUUCGUAGGAAUUCCAGCAUCUGUUAUAAGUGCAAUUUUCAAAAUAACACAUCACCUAGAACUAGGAACAGAUACUAAAUAUUUAACAAUUCAUUUGUAUGAUAAAUUUAUGUGUAAUUACUUUUGGGAAAUAUAUAAAACAGAAAGUAAAAGUGGAGCAACUGAAGCUUCAUGGUCUAAGAUAUGUAAAACUAUUUCUAACAGAUCCAAAUUAUAUCUCAUAUCUUGUCUUCAAUUAGCAAGUAAAGUGGAUUUACAUUCUAAAAGUUUAAGUAUAUCACAGUUAAUAUGUAUCUUACGUUGGAUCGAUAAAAAAAAGGAAUAUACAAAGAAUAUAAUUAUUACUUCUGAAUUUAAAGUAUUCAAAACAUUAGGAUUUAAAAUGCCUUUCUGUACUCCAUUACAAUGUAUUGAAGUUCUUCUAGCUGCAACAGGUCUUAGACAUACAUCAAAUAUAUAUGAAACUUCUAUAAAUUUAUUGGAUUUAGCUUAUUUACAGCACGAGCAAUUGUAUUCACACGUGCAAUGUCUAGCACAAGGUCGUAUUAGCAAAUCUGAAGUUGAUAAAAGAAAUCUUAUGGCUUUGAAAACAAAUUCUUUAUUUCUUGGAGGAUGUAUCAUUUUAUGCGCAACAUUUUUUUUAUAUUUUGAUAAUAAUAUAGCAAAAGGAAUAGCAACUAAAUUAGCAGACUUAGUAGAUACAACUUAUACUGACAUUUGGGAUGUAGCAAAUAUACUUCUUGUAUUAGCAAUACAGGAAUGAAUGUAUAGUAUUAAAUAGAUAUAUGUUUCAAGUUAUAAUUACAUAUAAAACUUGUCUUAAUUUUGAAUUUAUAUAUAUAUAUAAAUAUAUAUAUAUGUAUACUCUGAAAUAUGUUUCUUAAACAUAUAACUAUCGCCAUUUAUACAUUUGUUUGGCACUUUGGUUAAAAAAAAAACAAGUGGACAUUUUUUUUCCAUAAUUAUUAUAUCUACAAUUUUUUCCUAUUUAAUUUCUAUAUAAUAUUUAAAAAAUAAUUCAAUAAAUGGAUAAAUUCGAAUCACAGUUCACCGCUUAUGCAAAAUAUAGUAAAUCCAAAUCUGAUGGUAAACGUAUCACUCUAUCACAAAGUGAUAAAUGGAUGAGGCAGGCAGAAUUAUUUAAUGAUAAAAUCACUCAAGCUGAUACUGCACUACAUUUUAAUGAUCUGCAUCGAGAAGCACUUGAUAUAGAAGACUAUAAGAAAUUCAUAAUUAACUUAGCAAAAGCAAAAAAUUUGGAUCCUCAUGUAAUUCAAGAAAAAAUGAUAAAAUGUGGUCCUCCCAUUGAAGAUAGAUCGAGAGUAGAAUCGGUUGUUUUGGAAAAGAUAGAAGAUCCAUCUGGAUAUAUCUAAUUUAUUAAGAUAAUUUAUUAAGAUAAAUUAUUAAGAUGAAAAUAUGUAUAAAUAAAAGAAGAUAUUGUAACGGAACAUACACAUUAUUGACAAGAUAAUAAGGUAACAAACUAUAAAUAAUUGUAUCAAUAUUAUGAUUGUUAAUCAAUUGACAAAUUAAAGGAAAUAUCAAAUUUAAUAACUUUUUUUUUUUUUUAAUUC